AUGAAAGUCCAACGAGGAAUCUCCAGUGCGCUACUACCAACUCCUCGCGUAAUUUUCAGACUCAAACAGUAUCAAAAUAAUGAGCAUUGCUUGCGACGUCAUCGUGAGUACUGCAUGUGGAUUGGAAUCCGAAGAUGGGCAGGGGGAACCUGGAAUCGCUUGCUCAGCCAACGAGGAUUCUGCCGAGAGCCACAUCCGACUUGUCUCUGA